UCGCGUAGGGGAGUUCGUCGCUCUUUUACUGUGGGGUAGUUUCAACUGUGGAAGGGCUGUGAAAGUGGUUCCGAGGCUUGGUGCACGUUUAAAAAACGUGGAACGGGAAGUGUGAUCUUUGUGAUUUUUACUGUUAUAGGUUAAUAGAUUUCUUUCUACCAUGGGUAAGAAGGGGAGAGGUAAAAAGGGUAAGACCCGGCGCAACAACGAGGCCUCGAAGACGACGGAGCCGGACGAGCUGAAGCGCGCCGCCCACUCGUUCGUGGUGUCACGCGGCAAGACCGGCAAAUACGUCAGCCAGCUGGUGCUCAACAUGCGCCGUGUGCUCGAGCCGUUCACAGCCUCCCAGCUCAAGGCGAAGGGAACGACGGUGCGCGACCUGGCGUCGGUGGCCGGCCCGCUGGGGGUCACCCACCUCUGCCUCUUCACCCGCACGCAGAUCUCCACCUACAUGAAGCUGGCCAAGUUCCCGCGCGGACCCACACUCACCUUCAGGGUGCACGACUACACCCUCAGCCGGGACGUACUGCACUCGCUGAAGCGGAUGGUCACCUACAGCAAGCAGUUUCUGCACGGGCCGCUGCUCAUCCUCAACAACUUCAGCGGGUCGGAGCCGCACGUACAGCUGAUGGCCACCAUGCUGCAGAACAUGUUUCCCGUCCUGAACAUCCACAAGCUGAAGCUGAACAACCUGCGACGGGCGGUGCUGUUCAGCUACAACGCCCAGGACCAGACCAUCGACUUCCGCCACUACACCAUCAAGGUGGUGCCCGUCGGCAUCUCCAAGGGCGUUAAGAAGCUGGUCAACCGGACGCACGUGCCGAACAUGGGCCGGCUGCAGGACAUGGCCGACUUCGUCAUGAAGGCCGGCUACAUGAGUGAGUCGGAGGGCGAGGACGACCCCAGCAGUCACGUGGAGCUGCCCCAGCCGGUGCGGUCCCGGGGCAACAUCGUCAACGCCCAGUCGGCGGUGCGGCUGGUGGAGCUGGGGCCGCGCCUGACGCUGCAGCUCAUCAAGGCGGAGGCCGGCCUGGUGGGCGGAGAGGUGCUCUUCCACCAGCUGGUCAGCAAGACCGACGAGGAGCUGGAAGCCAUCAGACUGCGCCGGGAGCAGCGGGAACAGCUAAAGGCCAGGCGCCGGGCGGAGCAACAGAGCAACGUGGAGCGGAAGGCGGCGCGCCGCGCCGAGCUGAGGGACCAGUCACUGGCGGGCAUGAAGAAGGCCAUGGCGGACGCCGCCGCCGUCAAGGGAGACGACGGUGAUGACGACGACGAGGACGAUGUCGAGGAGGCCGACGGAGGAGAGGCCGGUCGGCGGCGGGAGGAGGACGGCUCGUCGGAGGAGGAGGGAGGACGGCGGCGCGGCCGACUCCGAGCCGGAGGAGGGCGAGGCCGCGGCUGACGCCGCCGAGGACGCCGCUUGGUACCGACGAGAGGUCGGCCUCGAGCCGGACGACGACUUCCGAGCCAUCGCCUCCUCCGCCGGCGCCGCUCGGCCCACCACCAAACGCUUCGCCAAGAAGCGGCCGCGCAGGCGACGAAGCGCGAGGCGCAGGCGAAGCGGGCGCGGCCCGAGGAGGAGACUAGUCGGGCCGAGCGCUGGAAGCCGCGCAACAAGCGAGGCAAGCCCGUCUCGGGCGCCAAGGUGCGGCGUAAGCAGGCUCCGGCCAGUGGGCGGGGCCGGCCGGCCCGCGCACGCUGAUUGGACGUGCUGACACCGCAGCGGACGCUGAUUGGACGUGCUGGCACCGCAGCGGCGCACGCUGAUUGAACGUGCUGGCACCGCAGCGGACGCUGAUUGGACGCGACGCCUGGCGACGGUGGCGUAAGUCGACGGUGAUUGGGCGUUGUGAUCAGCACCGAACGGCGAUUGGCCGGUUGGGUCACCAAGUCGACCAAUCGCUGACCAUUUCGCACGAAUUGGUGUGGACGGUGACCAUUGGUCGCGGGUGCAUGUUCCCUGGUGCAACAUGUCUGUUUUCGCGUGACCUCCCACUACGCGGUUGCGGGAGCCACAUGGGAGUGGAUCCGGAGGGUUUUGUUUGUGUUCGAUCACGUACCGCCGAGAAACGGCGGCCUCUGUCAGAACGCCGGCUUGGCGGACCAACACGGCUCCGGCUGUGGCGAGGCCGUCGGCGGCCUGCGGCAUGUUACGGAGCCGGGCAACGUGUCAGGCGCGCGACAGGCCGUGUUGAGGUACUGAGCGCGGCGCCAGCGCUGGUUCGCGUCCCCGGCCGGCGGCCGCGGCCGCCGCGGUGCC